AUGGGGCUUGGCGGGGACGACAAGCGCCCCCCCAGCACAAGUCCCCCCCACGGGGGGCUCACGAGUGGCCCGCCCCCCACACGUCGCCACUCAAGUGGGGGGGAGGACCUGGCCACUCUCACGGCCACUCUAACCCUGGAGGGGGAGAUGGGGGGACGGCAGAGGACGGCGAGUGGCAGCAGCACUCUGCAGUACAUGGGUGUUCAACGGGUGCCCCCUGCACAUCCACUGCACCUCGUCCCCCCUAACCCCCCCUCCCCCACCAGGGACCAGCACAUCCUGGUGGGGGCGGAGGAGGGCAUCUACACCCUCAACCUCAACCAGCUGCACGAGGCCGCCAUGGACCAGCUGUGGCCCUCCCGCACCACCUGGAUGCUCGUGGUUAAAAGCGUCCUAAUGACUAUAUCAGGUGGGGCAGCUAAAGUGGGUCAUGCAAAGGUUGGUCAGCAGAGGUGGGUCAUUACAAGCAAGGGGCCAUACCUGUACCGCCACGACCUGAUCGCCCUACACAGCCGCCACCUGCACCGCUUCUCCUUACCUAUGAACAAAAUACCUGAGAAACUAAUACCCAGGAAAUACGCCAUCACCUCCAAGGUAGCGGACACGAAGGGUACGCUGCGCUGCUGUAUGGCACGUAACCCCUACAACGGCUACAAGUACCUCUGCGGGGCCACUGCUACGUACCUCUACCUCAUGCAGUGGUACGACCCACUCAACAAGUUCAUGCUCCUCAAGACGAGCGAGUGCUACCUGGCGCACCCGCUGCGGGUGUUCGAGCUGAUCAUCACCCCAGACCUGGAGUACCCGUUGGUGUGCGUGGACGUGGGACGUGGCGCCCACCCGUCCCCCAGCGGCGCCCACCCGUCUCCCAGCGCCGCCCAGUCCCCCAGCGUGACGCUCUCCCUCAUAGACCUGAACACUGGGUGCCCCUGGUAUCCCCCAGAGGUGUACUCGGAGUACAACAACGGCACCCUGGUCCCCCAGCGCUCCCUGCACGACACCCACGCCCCCGCCGCCCCCGUCACCUCCCUCACCCAGAUAGAGAAGGACGCCAUACUCGUCUGCUAUGAUGACGUGGUGCGCGUGGUGGAUCUCAAGGGCAGACUCAAGGAGCGCAAAAGACAGACUUCAGAACUGGUCUUUGAUUUUAAUAUUGACUCCAUUGAAAUCGAAAACGGCAAACCGCCGCCUCACGGCCGCGGCCGUUACAAAGACCGCUGA